UUUUACCGAAGCACAGUUCAGUUAGUGACACUGAGGUAGUGCUUGUCUGAAAGAUGAACAUGAAAUCAGUUUUACUCUCCACCUUCAGUUGGAUCUCUGUCUUAGCCUUCGCGUUUCACUAUAUGGAGGUUCAGCCUGAUGAAGAAGUCACGCUGCAGUGCUCCAACCUUAGCAGUCAUCGUGUUCACUUAUUCUGGUUCAGAAGUACCAACAGACCCAGCGCUAGCAGGAUCUCAUCUAUGAUCAGCCCUGAGAGCAGUGUGACUUUUCAUGAAGGAUUUCAAAAUGGCAAAUUCAGCAUGACAUCCAACACCUCUGUACUAUUUCUUGAGAUCAAACAAGUGGAUUCAUCUGACUCUGGGCUGUAUUUCUGUGGCGAACUGAACAAUGAAAAGUUCAUAGUUUAUGGUGCAACAAAUUUAAAGGUUCAAGAAAGUAGAUCACAAAAUCCAUCCACUAUGAUCCUGGGCAGUUUAACUGUUUUCCUUCUACUGGUCAUCAUCGGUCUGAUUUUCAAGAUCAGGAAAUUUCAUACAGCUGAAGAUGAUGGACAGAAUCCACAACGCAGUGAGAAUGUGGACUCUGAUGCCAUGAACUAUGCAGCACUGAGUUUCCCUCACAGAGCAAAAGUCAGAAGGCCUGUACCACAGAGAGAGCUGGAGCCAAAUGUUGUGUACGCUGCUACGAGAUAGACUCACAGGAAAAGCAACACAAAAGCUCUCUCACACAUUUUGUUGUUACUUGAUAAAAAUAGUGUGACUGAUGGUUGAUGGGGGACGAGCUAGUGAGGACUUUGAUGUAUAGCUUAGAUUGUCUUAUAGUGAAAGUGAGUGAGGCUCUGCUGCAGUGUAAUAGUAACACAGAUGUAGUUUGCCUUGUUUAACAGGAAGAGACAGCAACUGUGGUCUGACAGUCAAUGAAAAUCUCAUCUUAUGUCUGAGGCUUAUUUUACAGAUAUUGUUGCUGGUAAAAGACCUGCAGCUUUUUACAAGCAUGUGAGGCCAGACUCUGCAGCAACCAAACAUCCAAAUUCAUAAUCUAAAAAGCCGAUGCAAAGUCUUGCCACUGUGACAUCCACCUGUCACAGCUACAGUCACUUCUCUGGGCAGUUAAAACUCUAAUUCAAUGAACUUGAAUCUAAUACAAAAAUGCAUGUAUAUAAUCACACAUAAAAUCUCAUUAAAGCCGAA